AUGGGCGACCACGUCCUCUUCUUCUACGGAACCCUAAUGGCGCCCCAAAUCCUCCACAGAGUAAUCCACGGCCAGGCGAACCCAGAGCCCUGGCAAAAAGCCAUGCUCCGCUUCCAACCCGCCAUUCUACAAGGGUACCGACGGCAUCGUGUGCAGAACGCCGAUUACCCCGGGAUCGUGGCGGUGCCAGAGACAGAAACCGAGACCAAUUUAUCUGCACCGAAAACCAGCGCUGGGACGUCCGUCGUAGGAACACUCGUGUCGGGACUAACAGACGGCGACGUUCACCGACUGGACAGAUUUGAGGGAUCGGAGUAUGAGAAGAAACGGGUUACUGUGCGCACGCUGCAGGCUGUGGUGGGUGGUGACCACGUUAAUUCUAGCGAGGGUGCUGCUGAGAACCAGCUGCGCGAGAUGCUCAAUGCGACGACCGGCGCUGAGGUUGCGGCUGAGGGGGAGGAAGUUUUGGCUAUGACUUAUGUUUAUACUGCUGGGAAGGAUAUGCUUGAGGAUUCGGAGUGGGAUUUUGAGUCGUUUAAGAGGGAUAAAAUGGCGUGGUGGGUUCAGGCGGAUGAGAGUGAGUGGUAG